AUGGAUGGAAACAAAGAUGAAGCAAUAAGAUGUGUUAAAAUUGCUAAAGAAGCAAUUGCAUCCGGCAAUAAAGGACGCGCGUUGAAAUUUAUUAAAAUGGCGCAACGACUUAAUCAUAAUUUGUGUGUUAAUGAUCUUUUAUCCGCAUGCGAGAGGCUUGAUUCCGCAGAAAAUUUAGCUUCCGUGGAUGAAAAAAGUGUUGAUGAUGAUCCUAAGGAUAUGAAUAUGAAGAGGAAUGGGAAUGGUUUUGUUAAAAAUGUUGAUGACGGUUUGAGUGGGGAGAGGAUUUUUACUGAGGAGCAUGUGCAAUUGAUUAGGCAGAUUAAUAGGAAUAAGGAUUAUUAUGGGAUUCUUGGGGUCGAAAAGAGUUGUUCGGUUGAAGUGAUUCGCAAGGCAUAUAGGAAAUUGUCAUUGAAAGUUCAUCCAGAUAAGAAUAAAGCACCCGGAUCUGAGGAGGCCUUUAAGAAAGUAUGCAAGGCAUUUAAGUGUUUGAGUGAUGGUGAUUCCAGGAAGCAGUAUGAUCAAACGGGUUUGGUUGAUGAGUUUGAGCAUAAUCAGCAAUAUAAUAAUGUUAGGCGACAGAGAACAAGUGCGCGUGGUUCUUAUUAUGAUGAUGCAUUUGAUCCUGAUGAGAUAUUCAGGGCUUUUUUUGGUCAGGCAGAUGUGUUUAGGACUCGUCAUGUUUAUAGGAAUAGAGGGAUGGGUGAGCCUGAGUACUCUUUGCUUAAGAAUUUAGCUUAUCAAAUUCCCAAGUCUACUGAGAAGUAUGGUGUGGAGUAUUUUGUCAAAUCAUCGGCAUUUGAUGAGAAUUUUCCUCCUGGAAGUCCUGCUCGAGAUAACAUUGAGGACAGUGUGAUUAAGGAUUACAGAAAUAUGCUUUGGCGGUACUGUAACAUAGAAAUCCGCAGACGUCAAUGGAGUAGGAAUAUGCCCACUCCUAACUGCGAUAAGCUACGUAAUCUCGGAUUAGCAUGA